AAACUCAGCAGAAGCCAGUUUUUGAAAAAUCUCAUUCGAAUCGGUCGUGUUGCGGAUGGUCGAAAACAAAAUUCGUCACGUUUAAACGUAAAUCGCGAAACAGAGUUGCAAGCAAGUUAAAGGGAGGAGAAUAAAACGGAAAUUGUUUUGUAAACAUUGGACAUUUUAAAAAAUAUUUCUGGUGAACCAAAGUGAAUUUUAAAACAAUAUUAAAAAGUGAAAUAUUAUUGAACCAAGAUAAGAUUGGAGAAAUAGUGCUUAGAUUUAAUCGAAAAACAUUUGACAGUGAAAGGAUUGGAAAAAUUAAAAAGAUUGUUAAAGUGAAGAAAAAUACUGAAGCUGAAAAAAAAUAAAAUAAAAAAAGUGAAAAAAUUAAAGUUUAAAAAGUUCAUGUGAAAAUUAUUACGAAAUCAGAUAUUGGCCUCUUAACUUAACGGUACUUAUAAUACAAUUUAAAAAGUGACUUUUAUGUGGGUGAAAUUUUAAAAACAAAUCAAAGUGAACAGUGACAAGCCCAAGGAUUAUUGAAGCCAUGUUGUCCCACAACGUGCAGCCAAACUAAAGCAAGGAUUAAACCUAUUGAAACAGGACCUCCGAGUCUCCAAUCUCGAUUCAAAUCGCACAUCUCUCGCGGAAUUCCAAGACCAGAAAUGGAGGACGAACUGCGCUGUCCCACGUGCAAGCAGCUGUACGCCAAUCCGGUGCUGCUGCCCUGUUUCCACGCCCUCUGCUUGGGCUGUGCUCUGGAUAUCCAGACCCCAUACAAUCCGGGAUCGGGAUUGCCCGUGAAUGGAUCCGGGGGAUCUGCCACUUCCGGCCACAAUGGAAUGCAUAAUAAUGGCGGAUCAUCCGGCGCAGGAGCCACUACAUCCGGAAGCAAUCCCGGAGGUCCUGGCACUCGGCACAGCUCCCACAGCUCCGCUGCCAGCACGGCGAGCUCGAACACCGGAAGCGAGAGCGUCACCUCCGACCAGGAUCAGUCGGACAAGGUGAGCAUCUUCAGCGAGGCGGACUCCGGCGUCGUCUGCUGCUCGAACACAUCCCGACCGGUCUCCUAUGCCGGCACAGGCCUUCUGCCGGGAGUGGUGGCUCCGCCGGGAGCAGCCUACUGCCUGACCUGUCCGCUCUGCCGCAAGCUCGUCUUCUUCGACGACGGGGGCGUUAGGAACCUGCCCACCUACCGGGCCAUGGAGGCCAUCGUGGAUCGGUUCUGUGCCCGCGAGGCCCUCCGCUGCCAGAUGUGCGAGACGGACCCCAAGGUGGCCUCCCUGGUCUGCGAGCAGUGCGAGAUCCGCUACUGCGACGCCUGCCGCGAGCUGUGCCACCCCGCCCGCGGUCCGCUGGCCAAGCACACGCUGGUCAAGCCCCGCGGCGCCGCCCAGCAGCGGGAGUCCGUCUGCGGAGAGCACGAGGAGACCCUCUCCCAGUACUGCCUCAACUGCAAGGCCCCCGCCUGCUCCAGCUGCAUCGGGGAGCAGCGCCACCAGACGCACGACGUCCAGUCCAUCAACGUCACCUGCAAGGCCCAAAAGACGGAGCUCUCGCAGAAUCUGCAACAAUUGUCGGAGAAGGCACGUUCCACGACCGAGUUCAUCCAGCGCCUUAAGGGCAUGAGCGACAAAGUUACGGAAUCCUGCAUGGAGUUCGAGCGACUCGUCCACGCACAAUGCGAGGCUCUCAUUCAGGCAAUCCACGACAGGCGGGAGUAUCUCCUCGAGGCGAUUCGCAUGGACAAGGACACCAAGAUCAGGAUACUAAAGGAUCAACAAUCAAACUGCACUGGCAAAUUACAACAGACCACUGGACUAAUUCAGUUUUGCAUUGAAGCUCUUAAGGAGACUGACAGCGCCGCCUUUCUUCAGGUGGGUUCCAUGCUUAUUAACCGAGUGACCAACACGGACAUGACCUGGCACCAGGAGGUCACCAAUGCCGCUCCUCGGGUUUCCCCCAUCGUGGAUUUGACCCUCGAUGAUGCAGCUUUGGCACGUGCCAUUGAUAACUUGAACUUUAUCCAGAUGAGAGCCGUCAAAGAUGGAGACGAAAGAUGUCCGGCAGCACCCAUGACACCAACUAUACUGCCAUCGGAUUGUUCAGCAGAAAAUAAUUCUGUUACCGUGGCGUGGCAGCCACCAAAUCACUCAUUCGUCGAGGGUUAUGUUUUGGAAUUGGAUGAUGGCAGCGGUGGAGAAUUUAGGGAAGUCUACUGCGGCAAGGAAACAAUUUGCACCGUGGACGGGCUGCACUUCAACUCGAUGUACAAUGCCCGGGUGAAGGCCUUCAAUUCCGCCGGAGAGGGCGAAUACUCGGAGCUGAUUGGACUGCAGACUGCCGAAGUGGCCUGGUUCACGUUUGAUCCGGUUCUGAGCGGCGGCGCCGGCUCUGGCCUAAUCUUCAGCAAAAACAACGCGACCGUGAGCGUCGAGGGCUGGGAGCACCGCGUGGCCCUCGGCUCGGUGGGAUUCUCCCGGGGCGUCCACUACUGGGAGUUCACCAUCGACAACUACACGGCGGACACGGAUCCCGCCUUUGGAGUGGCCCGCAUCGACGUGGCCCGCAACAAAAUGCUGGGCAAGGACGAGAAGUCAUUCGCCAUGUACAUCGACCGACAGAGGUCCUGGUUCCAGCACAACUCCAUUCACGAGAGGCGAGUUGAAGGGGGAAUCACCACGGGAAGCACGAUCGGAGUGCUCCUGGAUCUGGAGAGGCACACCUUGAGCUUCCUGGUCAACGAGAUGCCGCAGGGAUCGGUGGCCUUCAGGGAUCUCUACGGGGUUUUCUACCCGGCAGUGAGCAUCAACAGGGGAGUCACCCUCACCAUGCACACUUCGAUGGACGCCCCCAAAAUGGAUUACUUCUAGGGAAGGCUGAUCCGAUCGGUUAAGAGUAGCAAAUUGUGUACAUAGAGCUUGGCAUUUGGAAGUUAUCGGUGUCUAUAUAGCAUUACCUUAAUUCGAACAGUUUACUCAGACAGCUUACAUCUAUAUGUGUACGUGUAGUUUCGGGCAUUGUUCAGCGACAUAUCUCCAUUUAAUCGUAUCUCUAUUCGUAGUUCUAGGCACUGUUUGUAAAACGCUGCGCCAAAUCGGAGAGAAAUUAUUAAAAAUAAUUGAAAGCAUUUAACGGUAACUGGUAACCAUGUAAAAUAUGAUAAUAAAACUCUGAAUGUUUUUCAACACAAAAUAAAAGCCAAAAAUCAAGCACCGUGCAACAAAAAAGAGGAAAUAAAAUCGAGAACACCAAAAAAACAAAUCUAAUUUAAACGCAAGCGAAUGAAAAACUAAGGUAAAAUCCAAUUAGCAAUUAGUGUAGCUGAAAUCUGCAUCUGUAUGUCGUCACACGUACGUGUGUUAAGGUUAAUGUUUAUGGCUAAAACAAAAACGGAUUUGUUUGAGGCUAAAACGUAAUCAAAAUCAGCGUGUUGGGGAGUUUUUAUUUUAAAGACUGAAUGGACAUGUUUUUUUACAAGUACGAUGGGAAGCAGAGGCCUCGUUAAAAUGUGCAAAAUUAAUCGCCGAAAACUCAACAAAAUUAUUACCAAAUUUCCCUACAAUAUUUAAGAGCACUGCUAAAGCUGAUUAAAUGUAUGUCCCCGAACACAAAAACCAAUUUAAAGCCAGAGUUUCGCUUAUAAAAUCUAGUAUGCAUCGGAAUAUUAAUAUUACAUGUACAUCUAAGUUCCCUGUAAAUAUUAAUGUAUUUUUUAAUAAACAUUCGGCUAUUCUAGUUUUUUUCUAUUUAAGGUGUAAUACAUAAAAUUAAAUUCCAAUGUAUGUACGACUAUUUAUACUUUUCAACUUAAGCCUAUCUACAGCGAAAAAAACAAUUAAAGUUAAUUACCAGUACUAUGCAUGUUUAAAUAUUUAUAAUAGUAAUAAUAUUAAAAUCCAAACAAACCGAAGAGCAAAAAAUGUAAUUGCAUGGGCAACUACAAGCACACACAUAAAUGAGUUUAUUUAACAAAAGCGGAAACAAAAUAAAUAUGAAAAAACGGCAUAAUAAAAUUAAA